GCCCCCUGCACCUCGCCUGGAUUCGGAGUCACUCCCUGUGCGCAGGGGGCGAGUCUGCGUCUGCAGCCCGGCCGGGCGUGGUGAUCAUCCCCUGGGCUGAUCUCAUCCCCCCUUGGACGUGCCCCCCCCAUACAGAUGGUGCUGCAGGGGGUCCAUUGCUGAUGCCAGGCGAUCCCCAGGGAGAUACAACUGUGCUCCGGCUCAGAGACGGGCCAUGGCUGCCCAGGUGGCUCCCCCAGCCGCUCUCAGGCUCCAGUUCCAGCCCCCACUGGGAUGUGGCCUGGUUCCCAAAGAGGAAGUGGAGGAGCUGGAUGCCCACGGACCCGUCGACAUGGAGAUGCAUCGUCUGCGCUUCAGGGGUUUCCGCUACCAGGAGGCUGAGGGGCCCCGGGAAGCGUACGACCACCUCUGCCUCCUCUUCCGGGCGUGGCUGAGGCCGGAGCAGCGCUCCAAGGAGCAGAUGCUGGAGCUGCUGGUGCUGGAGCAGUUCCUGAGCAUCCUGCCCCAAGAGAUCCAGAGCUGGGUAGGGGGGUGUCACCCCCAGACCGGGGAGCAGGCCGUGGCUCUGGCAGAGGGGUUCCAGUUAGCCAAGGAAGAGCCCGGAAUAUGGCCACAGCAGGAGGAGCUGGUGACAUGGAAGGAGGAGACUGUGUGUUCCUCGGGGGCAGAGCGGGCAGAGCUGGAUCCAGGACAGAGCGAGAUCUGCAGGGAGGUUAAGGAGGAGAAUAAGGAAGACAUUCUCAUUUUGCUGGAAGGAUUCACCAUCCCUGACCUGGCUGCGAUCCCCCGGAUGGAGCCAGAGGAAGAGCCGAGGGUCCCGAAUCUCCAGGGCUCUGAGGAAAGGGAAAUCCCGAAAGGCGCCCACAGAGGUGCCGGGAUAGACAACGGGAAUCCCCAAUGGGAAGGACCUGUGGGAGCUGAGCCACCUGGGAUGUCCCGGAGCCCCGAGCAGGGAGAUGCCUGUGGGGCAGCAUGGCUGCAGGGAGAUCCCCCAGGGGAGGAGAGACCUGCUGGGUGUGAUGAUCCCCAGCCUCAGGGAACCCCCAUGGGACAGAAACCCCGUAAAUGCCCUGACUGCGGGAAGAGCUUCAGGUGGAACUCGGCGCUCCUCCACCACCAGCGAUCCCACACGGGGGAAAAACCUCAUCGGUGCAGGGAAUGUGGGCAAAGUUUUGGGCAGAAAUCCACCCUGACUAGGCACCUGAAGAUCCACACUGGAGAGAGACCCCAUACAUGUGCCCAGUGUGGGAAAAGCUUUAGCCAGAAGUACAGCCUGUCCCAGCAUCAGAUGACGCACCAGCAAGAGAGACCUCACACAUGUACCGCAUGUGGGCAAAGCUUCGCUCUCAAAUCGUACCUUGUUCGACACUUGGUGAAACGCCACAUGGGACAGAAACCCCAUAAAUGCCUCCAUUGUGGGAAGCAGUUUGCUUGGAGCUCGGACCUGAGGAAGCACCAGACGACCCACACGGGGCAGCGCCCCUACAGAUGCCCCCAGUGCGGGGUAGGGUUUACCCAGAGGUUCAGCCUCCUAACGCAUCAGAGGACCCACAUGAACGAGAGACCCUACAAAUGCCCCCACUGUGACAAGAGCUUCAACAGGAGAUCGGGGCUUGUCAAGCAUCAGAAGACCCACACGGGGGAAAAACCUCAUGAGUGCACUGAAUGCGGGCAAGGCUUCGGGCAGAAAUCAAACCUGACUAGACACCUGAGGAUCCACGCUGGGGAGAGACCCUACAAAUGUACCAAAUGUGGGAAAAGCUUCACUCAGAAAUCGAACCUGGUUCAACACUUGAUGAAACGCCACAUGGGAGAGAAACGUGAUGCAGCAAAUGAGCCGGUGACGUGGGAGGAGGAGGCUGCGUGUUCCUCCAGGGCAGAGCGGGCAGCGCUGGCCCCAGAGCAGGGCAAGAUCUGCAGGGAGGUGAAGGAGGAGAAUAAAGAGCCUCUGAUCUCACCGGGAUUCCCCGUCCCCAACCUGGCCAUGGUCUCUCGAGUGGAGCGAGGGGAAAAGCCGAGGGUCCCGGAUCUCCAGGGCUCUGAGGAAAGGGAGACCCUGAGAGGCGCCCGCACAGCAGGUGCCAGGACAGAGGAGGAGACUCCACAGCAGGAAGAGCCUGCAGGAGCAGAGCCGAAUGGGAUGUCCCGGAGCCCUGAGUGGGAAGACCCAGGUGGAGCAGCGUGGCAGCAGAGAGACUCCAUGGUGGAGGAGAGACCUGCUGGGUGUGAUGAUCAUAAUCCUCAGAGAUCCCACACGGGACAGAAACCCCAUAAAUGCCCCGACUGUGGGAAGAGUUUCAGGGGGAACUCGGCGCUCCUCCAUCACCAGCAAUCCCAUGCGGGGAAAACACCUCAUCAGUGCAGGGAAUGUGGGCAAAGCUUUGUGCAGAAAUCAAACUUGACUAGACACCUGAAGGUCCACACUGGGGAGAGACCCUAUACAUGUCCCCAGUGUGGGAAAAGCUUUAGUGAGAAGUGCAACCUUUCCCAGCAUCAGUUAAUGCACCAGCAAGAGAGACCUCACAAAUGCACUGAAUGUGGGCAAAGUUUUGUGCAGAAAUCAACCCUGACCAGACACCUGAAGGUCCACACUGGGGAGCGACCCUACACAUGUCCCCAGUGUGGGAAAAGCUUUCGUCAGAAGUACAGCCUUUCCCAGCAUCAGUUAAGGCACCGGGAAGAGAGACCUCACAAAUGUACCACAUGCGGGCAAAGCUUCGCUCUCAAAUCGUACCUUGUUCAACACUUGAUGAAAUGCCACAGAGAAGAGAAAUCCUAUAAAUGCCCCGAUUGUGGGAAACUGUUUGCUCGGAGCUCAUACCUUAGGAAGCACCAAAUGACCCACAUGGGGGAGCGUCCCACAGAUAUCUCCAGUGCAGGGUAGGGUUCACCCAGAGGUUCAACCUUCUGGUGCAUCAGAGGACCUACACAGGUGAAAGACCCUACGCCUGCUUGGACUAUGGGAACAGCUUCAAUUGGAGAUUGGGGCUUGUCCAGCACCAGAAGACUCACAUGGGGGGAAAACCUCAUGAGUGCACUGAAUGCGGGCAAGGUUCAGGCAGAAAUCAAACCCGACUAAGCACGUGAGGCUCCACACCAGGGAGAAGCCCUAUAAAUGUCCCCAGUGUAGGAAAAGCUUUCAUUAGAAGAUCACCCUUUCCCAGCAUCAUGUUAUACACACCAGCAACAGAGCCCUCACAAAUGCAGCAAGUGUUAGAAAGCUUCACUGUCAAAUCAAACCUUGUUCAACACCCGAUGCCACAAAUGUAAGUUCAGAUUAAAUGCGAUCUACCAUCGCAAUAGGGACUCCACACAAGAUAGAAAACAUUGGCGUGGUACUUCCUUUUCUUGGAGCGGGGCACUUCUCCACUCAUAUAUAUUAAAAAUUACAAGGUUCAAAGUUCAUGGGUGGGUAGUAGCGGCUUAUUUAUGGUGAGAGGUGUGAGAUUUGGGAGGGGGAAGGAACUGGUGAAGGAAGGAAAGGAGAUAUUUCACUGGGGCGAGAUGGUUAGUGGAAAUUUCAAGGUAAGAUGAUUAGGUGUUGGGGGGAAGUGAUUGCCAGGGAUUGGCAGGAACCAAAAACAGAGAAAGCCUGGUUGUGUCCACACAGGGACUUAUGGUGGUAUAAUUAACCAGGUAUAUUUGUGAUGGUAAAAUUCCCCAUGUAAACGAGUCUUUAGGGAGGGAAGUUUAAAGGUAACAGCUGAGCACUUUCAGGUUUAUAGAGAACUAAUAUGCCUUGAAUGAUUAGUACCUAUUAGUUCCUCCUGGUCCCCAAAAAUUAGCAAAGCUAUCUACCUCUGUUCAUCCUCAAAUAAGAUCCACCUGGACAAUAAGAAAAUGGUUCAUAUCAUGUGAGACACUGUCUAAAAGAGUGGUUCUCAAACUUAUUGUAUUGGAGAACGCUUUCACACAGCAAGCCGCUGAGUGUGACCGCCGUUAUAAAUUAAAACCACGUUUUAAAAUUAAAACACGUUUUUAUCGAAUUAUUGUUCUACGCAGAAAAGUUAGUUUGUAAAAUAGUUACUGGUUAACAGUGAGAGGGCGCUGCUGUGAAGUCUGCCCCAGCCAGUCUGCUAU